AUGGUUAAAGAAAACGGUGCGGAUGAGAGCAGAACGGCGAGAUUGCGAGCAGUGGUGAAUAUGGAGGAGGCAAGGAGCGGGCGAAUGUUGUUGCGAUGGAAAAUUGGAAGGUUGGAGGGACGUUGUCGUAUGAACCAUUGGAAAACGGAGAUUUGCGUGGGCGGUGGCGAUGACGUCACACUGAGGUUUAGUGACGUUAAAUGA